CUUGGCGUAUGUCGUGAUCGAUCAAAUGUACAAUUGAUGCUGUUCAAUUUAGUCUCUACAGCACAGCCUCCCCGAGUGGUUGGUGUAUUCAUUGAUGAUUAAUAAAAAUUUAAAAAUCACAAGUGGUACGGAGAAGAGUGAGAAUAUUCGUUUCAAACUGACUGCUUGUUUCAAUUUGCGGCAUAAAUUUAAAAUAAUAAAAAUUCUUCAAGUUCCACAAUACAAAGUUCAAACAUGCAACAAAGUUCUGAGCCCAGUGUUAAUAGUGAAGUUAGUGGAACAUGCAACAAUAUAGAAACGGGGUCAACAAAUCCAGUAUGUGAAUCCGAGGUACAAAAGCGGAACGUCGAACAUUCCACUUCAAAUAUGGAUACGUUGAUACAUUUGCUCAAAGCAAAUAUCGGCAAUGGCUUUCUCGCAAUGCCAUUUGCAUUUAAAAAUGCUGGAUUAUACGUUGGCUUGGGUGGUUUAAUUGUUAUGGGCAUCAUUUGUACGCAUUGUAUGCAUAUGCUGUUAAGAUGUUCAACCGUUCUUUGUCAAAAAUUGAAAUUACCCUCGAUGGAUUACUCGGAAGUCUGUUUCUACGCCUUUGAUUCGGGCCCUCAUGGUUUACGGAAAUAUGCUCGCUUCGCCAAAGGAACCGCAAAUUUUUUCUUGGUCAUUACUGAACUUGGAUUUUGUAGCGUGUACAUUCUGUUUGUUGCUGCCAACUUACAAAAAGUUGUAAAUGAUCAUCACACACCCGAAAUAGACAUUCGAUUAUAUAUGGUUGCCAUAUUGAUUCCAUUGAUUUUGAUUAAUUUUUUGAAGAAUCUGAAAUAUUUAGCACCAGUGUCAUUGAUCGCAUCGAUUUUAACUGUAAUUGGCAUCGCAAUCACAUUCUAUUUCAUAUUACAAGAUUUGCCCAAUACAAGUACAGUGCCGAAAUUUUCAUCAUGGGAACAAUUUCCGCUGUAUUUUGGAACGGCCAUCUACUCAGUCGAAGGGAUCGGCAUUGUACUCCCGUUAGAAAACAAUAUGAAGAAUCCCAAAGCAUUUGGCGGAUUAACUGGCGUUCUAAACACGGGUAUGUUCAUCACCGUUUUAAUGUACAGUGCAUUUGGAUUCUUCGGCUACUUGAAAUAUGGUGAUGAUGUCCGAGGAUCGAUUACGUUGAAUUUAGAGGCAAAUAAUAAUCUCAUAGCAUUGGUUGAAUCGGUUCGAGUGAUGUUAGCGCUGGCCGUAUUUCUAACGUACACUCUGGCAUUUUACAUUCCCAUGAAGAUAAUUGGAUCGUGGUUCCAGCAGUUCUUGUCCGACAAACAUCAAUGCAUCGGUGAUGGUGUUAUGCGUGCUACUCUGACCUUCUUAACAUUCCUUGCUGCGGUUGCUGUACCAAAACUCGGACCUAUCAUAUCGCUGAUUGGUGCUUUUGGCUCGUCAAGUUUGGCUUUGGUCUUUCCGCCAAUCCUCAAAAUGAUUGUAUUUGAUCUCAAUGCAAUGGGCCGAUUCUACUGGAAAUGUUGGCCCGAUUUUGCUAUCAUUAUGCUUGGUAUUUUAGGCUUCAUCUUUGGAACAUAUGUCAGUAUUUUGGAUUUAACCAAAUAAAAAUUUAAAAUAAAUGAAAGAAAGGAAAA